AUGGGUCUGCCCCUGCUGCUGCCCCUGCUGCCCCUGCUGCUGCCGCCGGCGUCUCCGCAGCCUGGUUACUGGGCAGAACCCAGUCCAAACUAUGGCUAUGGGAUGAAACAGCCAAGCCACCUCUCAGCCCCCGAGGGUGGCUCCAUCCACAUCCCCUUCUCCUUCUAUCAUCCCUGGAAAUUAGCCAAGAAUCCCAAUGUGAGAAUAUCCUGGAGAUGGAAACAGUUCCAUGGGGAGUUCAUCUACAAAACAGCCCCGCGCUUCAUCCAUAAGGAUUUCAAGGACCGGCUCUUCCUGAACUGGACAGAGGGUAGGAAGAAUGGUUACCUCCAGAUCUCAAACCUGCGGAGGGAGGAUGAGUCCACAUACUUCUGCCUGGUGAGGCUGAACACAGCGACAGGCAAAGAGGAAACGUGGCAGUCCAUUGAGGGGACCAAACUCACCAUCACCCACACUACCAAGACAACCACCCUGAACCCCACCAACACCGCUGCCACUACUGUUGCCAGCAACACAGCCACUGCCACAGCCGUCUUCCCAGAGGACAUAAGGCUCCCAAGUAAGGAAGCUGUGGUCAGGGUGGCAGUGCCCAGCGCUGUGCUCAAAAUCAUAAUUUUGGUGCUGACUGUGUAUCUCAGGUGGAAGAGAAGCAAAGGUCUGCAGACUAAAGCCAGAACCCCAGCUAGGGGAUCCUUCCAAAACCCAGAGGAGAAAUACGAGAACUCUUGGAAUAAAGGACAACAUACAGAACCUGAGCAGGACCAUAAAAAUAGCAGCUCAGAUGAUGGCAUCUUCUAUGCCUCCCUCGCCCUCUCCAGCUUGACCUCACCAGCAGCGCCUCCUUGCCCCCCUCCCAACAGGAACACCCAGGAAGAGACCCUAUACUCUGUCUUAAAGGCCUAAGAAGUGGGACUGAGUGAGGACCUCCUUAGAGUCAGCUGUGCACAGGGUUCUCAGUUUCCCACAAUCAUCCCAACCAGACACAGACGACUCAGAAGCCAGAAGGUGCUGAGGGCACCAAGGACCUGAGAGAGACACAGCCACCUGAUCCAGUUCCCUCUUCAACUUCCUAGCCCUUGACCACAAAAAUAGAAGUACCUGUACAAUUUGCCUGAAUGCAUCAGAGGAGAAAGCUGAUGUCACCUUCGACUUCUGUCCUUUUGUCCAAAAGUUAACCAUAAUACACAGCUCACACCAAGAUCCCUCCCCUAGUACUUUGUUCAGUAACUGCCUCAGGCCAGGGACCAAUAAAUCCCCAAAGGCUGGUAGCCAGUCCAGAACCGAAGGUCUGUCCCCUAAUGUAACCCUUCUCCUCUCCUUAGGAUAAUAACUGGCACGUAUUGUAUCAGUGCUUCACAUGCAUGACCUCAUUUCAGCAUCAUCAACCACCCUAUAUGGCACUGGAGGUACCACUUGAGGCAGGAUAACAAGACCCGGAAUGGUUACAGUGCUUUUCCCAAGACCGUGUUGCUAGUAAGUGGCUGAGGCAGGAUUUGAACCCAGACCUGCCCUUCUUGAUGUCCUUCUCCCAGGACUCAGGUGUCAUCACCUUCCCAGAUCCGUAUACCGACAGGGCUCCCACCAGAAAGCACGAUGUGCCGCAGUGACACAGAGGAGGAGAGAAAGAAGCCAAAAGAAAAUAUGUGGUUGAGGGACUUCCUAGGUGGCACAGUGGUCAAGAAUCUGCCUGCCAAUGCAGGAGACACAGGUUCGAUCCCUGCUCCAGGAAGAUAGCACAUGCCGUGGAGCAACUAAGCCCGUGUGCCACAACUACUGAGCCUGUGCUCUGGAGCCCAUGAGCCACAACUAUUGAGCCCGUGUGUUGCAACUCCUGAAGCCCACACUCCUAGAGCCGGUGCUCAACAAUAAGAGAAGCCACUGCAACGAGGAGCCCGUGCACCACAAUGAGCCCCUGCUCUCCUCAACUAGAGAAAGCCCCUGUGUAGCAAUGAAGACUCAAUGCAGCCAAUAAAUAAAUAAAUA